AAGCUGCUCAUCGAGCAAAGCUUUCGAAGAGUUUUGAGCUACUGAUCAAUCACCACAGUUGUUUUCUAUAUAUAUAGCUGGAACAAUAGAGACGACUAUGAGCACAGCGGACGAGACAGAAGAGCAACUUAUCGCGAGACACAAGAAGGAGCAGAAGAACCUCAUUGCUACCGUCACAGGGCUGAAGAAGCAGGCCACCAAGUCCAAGCGUAAAGAGGUGAACAAGAAGUGCCUAGAGAUGGAGCUCGACUUGAAAGAAAGACAUGAGAAGGAGCUGAAGGAACUAAGAAUUAGAAACGGUGAAGAAGAAGCCGAAGAGGAGAUCACGCCAGAGAUGCUCUUAGCACAGGUUGAGAUCGAUGCAAAGGAGAGCGAGCCUAAAGCGGAGAAGAAACCGGAGACUGCUGAAGUACAACCGAAGCCGAAGCGUAAUAGACAGAGGGAGAGAUUACAGAGACGCCAGGCCGAGAUUGAACAGAAGAGAGCAGAGGCAGAGGCAGAGGCUGCAGAGCAGCCUAAUCUGAAAGAGAUUGAACAAGAACAUUUGGACACAUUGUGUGCGAUGAACAACCUAGUACAAUUUGAUAUAAAGCCAGAUGGUAACUGUCUGUUUGCCUCGAUCGCAGAUCAGUUGGAACAACGUCAAGGUAUCAAGAUUUCCGUACAGGAGUUGAGAACCAAGGCUGUUAACCAUAUCAGAGCAGAUCCAAAUACGUUUACACCGUAUCUGUUUGAUGAGGAGACCAUGUCUUUGAAGGACAUUAACGAAUAUACCGAAACCAUUGAGAAGACAUCCGCAUGGGGGUCUGAUUUGGAAAUCUUAGCACUUGCAAAGGAAUUCGAUUGUCCAAUCAGUAUCAUGAUGAGUGGGAGUUCGACUAUGAAGAUAAACGAAGACGGUAAUGGUGAAGAGUUAAAGUUGGUCUACUACAAGCAUAGUUAUUCGCUUGGUGAGCAUUAUAACUCGCUUCGUGAUGCCAAUUAGAAUGUGGGUAUUGAUAACGAAAUCACUAGCUUCCGAUUGUGUUACCUGUUUGUACGUUAAUUCCAUCCAUUCUCUUUUGUAUGAGUUUCGCCCUAGUUCGUACAUUUUCAACUUUCAAAAAGGCACCAAACAGCCUUAGAAGCUCAUCAUCAUCAAACUGUACCAUCUGAGUGAGCAUGUCCUCCUCAAGGAGAUCAGAAUCAACAAGCCGCGAGAGGUCUCUGUAUAAAGUCCUCAAAUCCUGGACUCUCUUAUCCUUAAAGUACUGGUCUCUCCAAUCAAUCUCUGAUGGAACAUUGGUCUUCGAUCUCUUCAAAACUACCUGAUGGCCAGCAUCAGCAGCGUCAGGGAGAGGUCUUUUCACUCGAAUGCCUUCUCCUUGGAACGUUUGAUCGAGGCCUUGAGGAUCAAUGAGGCCCUGCACACUUGAUCUAGUAUCAACACCAAGCGGUUCCAGCCCCCUCCAAGGCCU